GGAGUGUUUCCCAUUUAAACAAACACAGCUAGUGCUGAAGAUGGCGGAGCUUUCAGAAGUGGCUUAAAGGAGCUGGCGUGUUUCGGUGGACGCAUAUUUUAACCGGUGCUGUUGUGGCCUUGCUGAACACAUACAUGCACUCCUUGACUGGAUUUUUAAGUAGAGCUUCCACAGUGUCACAGAAAGGAUGUGAAGAGGAGCGGAGUGGAUGUCAUCAUUCUACACUACUGCAAAAGUGCUGAUAUGUGUUGAAGAUGAGUGGAGUUGGAGAGAACUCUCUGGAGCCGCUGUGCUCUGACCGAAAACGCAAACUCUCCACAUGUGACACACCUGGACUGGGGUGUGAUAAGCGUCGGAGAGAGCAGGAGUGCAAGUACAUUGAGGAACUGGCCGAGCUGAUCUCUGCCAACCUCAGUGACAUUGACAGCUUCAAUGUCAAACCGGACAAAUGCGCCAUCCUUAAGGAGACAGUGCGGCAGAUACGGCAGAUCAAAGAGCAAGGAAAAGGCUCAUGUGGCGACGACGAUGUCCAGAAGGCGGACGUGUCCUCUACAGGUCAGGGGGUCAUUGACAAGGACCAUCUGGGCCCUCUACUAUUACAGGCUCUGGAUGGGUUCCUGUUUGUGGUGAAUCGUGAGGGCAACAUUGUUUUUGUGUCUGAUAAUGUGACUCAGUACCUGCAGUACAAACAGGAGGAGCUCAUCAACACCAGCGUCUACAACAUCCUGCAUCAGGAUGACAGAGAAGAGCUCCAGAAAAACCUGCCCAAAGCCAAUGGACCUAAUGGCAUUUCGUGGGCUGGGGACGCCUCUCGCCAGAAGAGCCACACCUUUAACUGCCGCAUGCUGAUGAAGUUUGGACAUGGAGGUCCUGGUGGAGAGGAGGUUGCUGGCAGGUCGCGUUAUGAGACCAUGCAGUGUUUCGCCCUCACACAGCCUAAGGCCAUGAUGGAGGAAGGGGAAGACCUGCAGUCGUGUAUGAUCUGUGUGGCACGAAGAGUGACUGCAGUGGAGCGGACGGAGAGAUUCACCACCAGACACGAGCUCUCAGGCAAGCUGAUUGAAAUAGAGCAGCAGAAUACAUUACAUACCACCAUGCGCCCUGGCUGGGAGGAUCUGGUGCGCAGGUGUAUGCAGAUGUUUCUCAAUCGCAGUGAAGGCCAGCCCUGGUCCUACAAACGGCAUUACCAGGAGGCUUACCUACAUGGUCGAGCAGAGACUCCAUUGUAUCACUUCUCUCUGUCAGACGGAACACCAGUAACAGCACAGACUCGCAGUGAACUCUGCCGAAACCCCAACACCAACGAUCCACUCACCUUCCUUUCAACUCACCUAUUGCAGAGGGAGCAGAACAGCUACAGGCCAAACCAGGGAGGUGUAAUGCGGGCCCAGGGGAUAGGAGGUGCCAACCAUAAUUCCCAAAUGAACAUGGCUCCUGGUGGGCAGAUGGGCAUGGGCAGUGCCAGAGGCUACGGCAUGAAUGACCCAGGGCAUAUGGGACCCAGAGGAGGCCCCAUGUAUGGACCUGGCAACAGAAUGAAUCAGAUGAAUUCAAUGCACCAGAUGAAUCAAAUGAACCAGAUGAACUCUAUGAACCAGAUGGGUGCAAUGAAUCAGAUGAAUCAGAUGAACCAGAUGAAUCAAAUGAACCAAAUGGGUUCUAUAAAUCAGAUGAAUCAAAUGAAUCAGAUGAAUCAAAUGAACCAGAUGAAUCAGAUGGGACACCCAGGAAUGAAUCAGCACCAGCAACACUUCCACGGUGGGGGGUAUGGCCUAGGCAUGACAAGUCCAUCCCAUAGCAGCCCAGGUAUGAAUCCCUCUCAGCAGAACAUUAUGGGUUCUCCACGGAUACGAGGAAGCCCCAAGAUGGGAGCCAGCCCCUUCUCUCCAGGAGGUAUGCAUUCUCCCAUGGGUCCUGUGAGCAUGGGUGCCAGUACUGGCUCCUCAGGUCCACCAGGUGGCAGCACUUUUUCAAGCAGCUCACUCAAUGCCUUGCAGGCCAUUAGUGAAGGAGUGGGCUCUUCCCUCCAGUCUGCUCUCACGUCCCCUCCACACAAAUCCGACAGUUCCCCCAGCAUCAACUCCACUCAGUCCAGUCAGCCGAACCAGUCCGGGGCAAGCAAAGGCACUAGUACUGGCGAUUUGAAAAGCCCCGGUGUUGCUCACAGCUCGGGAGCCGACCAGCAACAAGCUACUCCAUCUGAGACCGCAAUGGAUAAGCCAGAUAGCCAGUCCAGUAAAGAUGGUGGACCCGGGGCCGACAGCAGUCGGAGGGCUGCAGACGGAAAGGGCCAUAAGAAGCUGCUCCAGCUGCUAACAUCCCCACCAGAAGAGCUCACACUGGCAGCAGGAAGUGGCGGACCUCCUGGCCAUGCUUCCACACCCAUGGGUAUAGAUUCAAAAGAACCAGGCGGCUGCAUGACCAGCCCUACUUCCACGGGUGUAUCUUCAUCGUCUUCAGCUUCGUCAUCAGGACAACAGGGUUCUGGAUGUGUGUCCUCUACUGGCUGCAUGGGAGGACACCUCUCGUCCCACUCACUGCAGGAGAAGCACAAGAUCCUCCACAAGCUGCUGCAGAAUGGCAACACCCCGGACGAUGUAGCCCGCAUCACAGCCGAGGCCACAGGGAAGGUCAGCCUGGGUUCCGACCAUCCGGGCACGGAGAGCACCGGCCCAGAGAUAAAGCAGGAGCAGCAUAGUCCGAAAAAGACACACGCUCUGCUCCACUACCUCCUGAACAAGGACGACUCCAAGGAGCCCAACCUUGGUGAGGGCAAGCCAGGACUGGAUGAGCUAGAGACUCGAGGUGUUGGUGUGGGGCCUGGGUCAGGAGUCACAACCUCUAAUUCAAGGUGUCAGGAUGCCAAAAUCAAGAUUGAGCCGUCUGAUGAGCUGGAGAGCCUGGAGAGCAUUCUUGGAAGCCAGACGAAACCUGGUUCUGGAAUGUUUGCUGAUUCUAGACCUGGAAGUGGGUCAGAUGGAGAAACCAAGAAAGGGAAUGGACCCAACAACACUGCACAUGAUCGAGAUGGUGGAGGAAUGGGGCCAGGAACUCGUGUGCCCUUUCAGAGGGCAGCAUCUAUGGACAGUAAACCGCUCAGUGGGGCAGGAGUAACGGGCAGGAGAAGUGCCCCUUCCUCUCUCAUCAAACAGGAGAGCUUGGACAGCCAUAUCGGCAUGGGAGGUCCCAACAGGCAAAUGGGCAUGAAUCAAAUGCCACCCAUUAUGGGGUCAGGUGACUGGAGGAUGCAGGGCCCCAGUGGCAGCCCAGGGGGCUCCAACGGUCACCCUGGUAUGGGCUGCCCAGGUGUGGAUCCAAAUCCCAAGGGAAUGAUGGGAGGUCCAUUGAUUAACAGAUCCAACAGUGUACCUGCUCCCAGAUCCAUGCUACAGCAGCAGCUAAUGGACAUGGGUCCAAAUGAUAUGGGUAUAGGUGUCAAUGCAUUCAGAGGGCAUCCGCACCCCCCUCGAUCUCCCUCAUGGCCUGACUGCGGGAUGGGUCUGGAGGGAGGUCACAAUGCUAACAGCAUGCCGUUUGGCAACCCACUGGAUGAUCUUCUGGUUCCUCCAGCAACCAGUGAAGGGCAGAGUGAUGAGCGGGCUCUGUUAGACCAGCUGAACUCUCUCCUCAACAACACAGACGUCAUCGCCCUGGAGGAAAUUGACCGGGCGCUCGGGAUACCGGACCUAGUCAGCCAGGGCCACAGUGCAGACCAACCGUCGACUCCCACAGACACCUUCCCUGGCCCUGACUCAGCCAUGGGUAUGGACCCUAAAGCCAUGUAUGGGGCAGGUUACCCAGAUCCCCCUUCCAUGGGCAUGCAAGGAGGCUAUGGGCCCGGACCCAGCCCUGGUCCUGGUGCUGGUCCUGGCCCUGGCCCUGGCCCUGGCCCCGGCCCCGGCCCCGGCCCCAUGCAGGGCCACCCUGGGCCUGGCUUUAACCCCAUGAUGGCUCAAAUGGGCGGGAUGGGGGGCAUGCACCCCCGCGCUGCUAUGAUGCGUCCACGAAUGGUGAACGCAACUAAGCCUCUCAGAUUGCAGCUUCAGCAGAGGCUACAGGGACAACAGUUUAUGAACCAGACCCGACAGGGAAUGGCAAUGAAGAUGGAGAAUGCACCUGGAGCAAACCCUGGAGUGAGGCCUGGCAUGCAGCCCGGCAUGGGGGGACAGCCUGGUUUUCUGAAUGCUCAGAUGAUGGCUCAGCGGAGUCGAGAGAUGAUGACUCUGCAGAUGAGGAGGCACAGGAUGAUAAUGAUGAUGCAGCAGCAACAGCAGCAGCAGCAGCAGCAGGCUGCUUCUGGAGGCUUCAGCCCCCCUCCCAACGUCACCGCCCCUACAGGCAUGGACAACCCCAUGGGAGGAGCCUCCAUGAACCAGCCGGGCCAGCAGCCGUUUAACUAUGGUGCGAACUAUGGGAUGGGCCAACAAGGGGACCCUUCCUUCGUGGGAACUGGCAAUAGCCCUCCUAAUAUGAUGCCUGGCCGCAUGGGAGGCCCUCAGAAUCCCAUGAUGCAACAGCACCCUCAGAGCGGCCCCAUGUACCAGUCAGCAGAGAUGAAGGGCUGGGGACAAGGAGGCAUGCCCAUGAACAGUUCAUACCCUCAGCAGCAGCAGCAUUUCCCCCAGCAGGGGGCGCCAUCGCAAUAUGGAGGGAUGAUGAUGAACGGGGCCAUGCAGGCAGGAGUGAACGGGCCAGGACAGAUGCCUCCGAUGCAAGGGCAAAUGGGCAUGAAUGCCAUGGGCAUGGGUCGCAUGCCACUGGGACCUGAACAGAAGUACUUGUAGCAGAAAGCCACCUCAGUGAGAGUAAAGGAGAAGGAAGUCCUAAUCACUCAUCAGAGCAGCAGCCGAGAGUGGACACGCAGCACUGCCGAGCUGCUGCUGUGAAUGGACGAGCGACCCUUGCAAUGAUCAAGCUGGGACUAUGAGAGAGAGACUGAAAUGGACUCCUUCCCAGCUCAGUGUGUGAAGUGUGUGUGUGUGUGUGUGUGUGCACGUGCGUGCGCGCGCAAUAGAGUGUGAGAGCAAAGGGGAUGUCCAUCUGCAGCCAAGUCCCCACGAGUAUGUGUGGCUGUAAACGCAGUACUUGACGUAACCACCAGAAGGCGCUUCUCUUUUGCUGUGGAACUGAAUAGGGGUGGGUUAUGGUACAGCAGCUGAAUGGGUGGGGAUGCACUUUAUCACUAAUAAGGCUAAUAAGAAAAAGGAUGUUUGCAAUAUUUCUUGCUCAUUCUAGCCUUAUCGAAAGACUCAAUAUGUUUAGCAUUGACUUUCUAAAAUCCUUUGUUUUUUUUUUUCCCCAACUGGUUUUAUUAGAAUUCUUGCUUUCAGGGCAGGCCUACUUCAGUUUUACACUAUAUGCAGAUCUGAGCAAUAAACCUCUUCUCUAUGCCAUACAUGCUAAAUGGUGCGUCAGUCAAAAAAGCAAAAGGUACUGCAGUAUUAAAUGGGCUUUCUUUUUUUUUUUUUGUUUUAUAUGUGAAUAAGACUGGACUUGUACAUGCUGUGCGCUCCAGAUGUAUCAUACAUGCUCUUAUUAUAUACU